GUUGACAGAGGAGCAAAUACUAGCUCGCCAGGCUGCUUAGCUACUGGCUAGCAGCGUUAGCUGUUAAUAUGAUCGUCUCUUGCGUCAGUUUUUGGCUGCGACUCGACUGCCCUGCCCUGUUCUAACAACGUAUCUGUUUUUGAAUUAAUUAACGAUUGAUUGAUAUAUCUGAUAUUGUCGCCAGCUAACAUGUAUAACGUCGACAUGAACUGAUAGCAUGUUAAGAGGAAGAGACUGAUUGAAAUUCUCUUUUGAAGUCAAUUCCUGGUGCCACCAUGAAUGCGUUUGACCGCAGUAUCAACAUUGAUGCUCUCUUCAAGUUCUCCCAAAUAUCUCAUUCCACCCAGGUGCACUUGAAGAAUGUGUACUCCAGCUUGGCAGUUUCUAUGCUUGUGGCUGCAGCUGGUUCCUAUGUCCAUGUUGUCCUGCGACUCUUUCAGGGAGGUGUGCUGUCUAUGCUUGGCUCCCUGGGAAUGAUGUUCUGGCUGGCCAUGACACCACACAACCCUGAGACAGAGAAGAAGAGGCUGGCCAUCCUCGCAGGAUUUGCCUUCUUCACAGGUGUUGGCCUUGGCCCCACGCUGGACUUUGUCAUUGCUGUCAAUCCGAGCAUCAUUGUGACAGCUUUCCUGGGAACCUCCAUGAUUUUCAUUUGCUUCACGCUCAGUGCCCUCUAUGCUAAACGCAGGAGCUACCUGUUCCUUGGAGGCACACUGAUGUCCGGCCUGUCCAUCCUGUUCCUGAUGUCCCUGAUGAACAUGUUCUUAGGAUCCAUGAUGCUGUUUCAGGCACACAUGUACCUGGGGCUGCUCGUCAUGUGCGGCUUUGUCCUGUUUGACACUCAGCUCAUCAUUGAGAAAGCAGAGAAUGGCGACAAGGACUAUGUCUGGCACUGUGUGGACUUGUUCCUCGACUUCAUCACCAUCUUCAGGAAACUGAUGGUCAUCCUCGCCUUGAAUGAUAAGGACAAGAAGAAGGAGAAGAAGUAGAGGACUGAGUAGCUGGAAAGUAAAAACAACCCGUCAGAGAAGGCACAAUUUGCAUUGCACUUGGUGCUUUUCACUUUGUCUUCAUUUUUUUUGAAUUAACUCCUAUGUGGUCUUAUCUUAUUGAA